AUGAAGCUGGACGAGAUUGUCAAAGCUGCCAGAUUUCUGCAGAUUGAAGGCGCCAAGGACUUUGACAUGAACAGUCUGAUGAACAGCAGCAACAGCGGCGCAGACGGCCAUAGUGGCCAAACCUUCAAAAUGAGCGCCGCUGAGGGCACCGACGAGGAGGUCUCCAUUACCGCGUACUGCGGCGAAAAGCGACCAGAAGAGUUGCCGGUACGCCCCUUUGCCUGGCUGGCCGCACAGUCUGCCAGUCUGCUGAAGAAGAGCAGCAGCAAGCUCAGCAAGCAGCACCACCACCAUCAUCAGGAGGAGAACAACACCACCGCCCCCGGUUCAGUGCCCACCUCGCCCUCCUCCUUCCACUCUGCCGACUCCCUGGACUCGAUCCCUUCCGCCCACAGUGGCAGUGGCACACCGACCAUAAUCGUAAACGGCUCAACGGGUGAGUUCACCACCGUCUACCAGCAGCUGUCGCCGAUCAACCUGAAGAUGAACCUGGCCAACGCUGCGGAGAACAAGCAGGAGUUGAAGCGGAAGCUGCUGCAGAAGAAGCGCCAGCUGAUGUUGAUCUCCAAUGGCGGAGGGAGCAGCAGUACGGCGGAGUGCUCGCAACAGCACCACCACCACCAGCUCCUCAAGAAGAGGGCUUGUCUGGAGGCGGAACGAGCCAACAGCAGCAAUGGAGCUGCUGCAGCCAUUGCCCAUCACCAGCGCCACCACCAGUCAUCAUCAUCAUCACCGCCAGCAAAUAUGCAAACCAGCAAACUAUCCAGUGACCUGCAGGUGACACUGCAGCCAAGUGGUCAACCGGUGGUUGAGCCACUCAGUCUACUGCUCAACGGAAGCAGAGGAGAAGGAACAGCAGCACUGGAGAGAAUGGGCAUGCUGGGAAAGCUGCAGCAGCAUGACAGCAGCAGUGACUACUACGAUGAUCUGGAGGAGGGACACGAAGUAAAGGACAACGUUGUCAUCGUCAAUCAGAACUCCUCCAAAUGUCUGAUGCUGAAGAUUAAAUCGGGCAAAAUAUACAAGGAUGACCCACCUUUGCCAGAAGUCCAAAACGACCGCUACGAUCGCUUCACCGACGACGAGAUGAACAUGCUGGAGCCAGAGACAAAGGUCCAAGAGAUUGACCUGAGCAUCAAAUCACUGGGCAAACAGUUGACCAUUCAACCGGUGAGCGCCAGCAGAGAUAAACAACAGCAGUCGAUGGGCAAGCAGUUCAAGCCGAUGGAACAUCUGGAUGAUCUGCCGGAGCACUUCAGCAGCAACAACAACAAAGCACUGAAUGAUGCAAAAAGCUACUACUACUAUGAACGAUAUCAGCAACAGCAGCAAGCUCAGCAAGCAACAGCAGCACAUCAUCACCACCCGGAAAACAUAUCGGCCCUCUUUGCAGCCGCAGCAGCUGCAUCUUCGCAGCAGGGCAACCACCACAGCUCAGAGCGAGAACGAUCCGGGUCAUUCUCAAAGUCAACCUCCUCCUCCUCAUCGUCGAUGGUGCCACCGCCCCAUGAGAUGGCCAUGGCGGCGGCGGCGGCGGCUCGCCUACAGCUGAUGUCACAGGUGUUCAAUCAGUUUCGCAGUAGUGCUGGAGGUGGUGGUGGUGGUGGUGGUAAUUCAGGUGCUGGUAGUGGAAACAGUCAGUCCUUCUCACAGGGCUCCCCACCGAGCAUGGUCUCACUGAUGGAGGCAGCCGCUGCCGCGGCAGCCUCUGCAGCUUCCGGUGAGCGGGGCAGCUCGAAGGGUGACAGCUCUUCAGGCCAGCUACCGCCUACUUCCUCUGCCGGUGGUGGUGGUGGCAACAGGACCGAUGACAACAGCAGCAGCUCACUGAUCAGCGAUGCGACUGCUCGGGCAAUCGCCGCCAGCACCUUUGCCAGUUUCCAACAGGCGGCCAGUGCGGCGGGAUCGUCGAGCGCUGCAGCUGCUGCGGCAGCGGCGGCGGCCGCAGCCGCCGAUGCUGAAGAGAGCUUCAACCUGGCCAACUUUGGCGCCUCACUAGGCCAUGAUGGCAGAGGCAGUGGUUUGGGAUCAUCUUCCGAAAGUCAGCACUCUUCCGCUGCCUCUCAGCUGCCCGUCAGUUCUCUGCUGUCUGCAGCGGCGGCCGCUGCAGCCGCUUCCGGUUAUCCCUUCAAUCCGAGUCUGUUCAUGUCUGCGGCUGCUGCUGCGGCGGCCAAUAUGAAUCAGCAGAACAGUGGUACUGGAGGAGGAGGGAGUUCCUUGCAGGGCAACGGCACCUCCUCUGGCCUUCCUCCCCACCUGAUGUUCCACAAUGGCACUGAAAAGCGAGGCCGUGGUCGACCGCCUAAAUACGGUUCCCUGUACCACAACUCCUCCAUCCCGACCCCUCCCCCCUCAGCAGCUCAUCUGCAGUCGUCCAGUCAGUCCCACCAGCACCAGCACCAGCACCAGCAACACUCCCACCCCCUUAGCCAUCACCUCAGCCAUCCUCAUCAUCAGCCACCACCAAAUCACCACAGCGGUUCAAGCAAGAGCAAGGCGAUGAUGGCGCUAAACCAUUCUGGCUCCUCGUCGUCCUCUUCCUCCUCCUCAUCCCAGUCCUCCUCGCCCUCACUGACCACCACUUCCACCUCCUCCAGUCACCACCAGCAGCAGCAGCAGCUGACAGCAAACAGUCUACUGAACUCCAGCAGCUCUCAGCAGGCCAAUCACCACAGUUCAGCGCUGGGCAACUACCAACAGUCUGGACAGCAGGGACAACCACCCAACAGCAGCAACACUGGUGGCAAUAGCAGUGGCCAACAGCAAUCAGGCAUUACCUCGAAUCGCUCCCGCCGUGGCCGCCCACCGUCGAUUCCCGACGAGCACAACCUCGCGCGGAGCAUGAGCAGCGGCCGGACUGACAAGGCCCACCACAAGUGUCCGCACUGUCCGCAGAUCUACUACGGCUACCACGCCAUGCGAGACCACAUCACCUCGGUGCACCUCAACUCCGGCGAGAAGUACAUCUGCCACCUGUGCAAUAAGGAGUACACCUGGCGAAUUACACUGCGAAAGCACCUCAAGUGUCAACACGGCGUUCACCCCGAUCAGGUGCAGACGUCCUAA